CGUUGCGUUCAUAUUACAGUUGCCGUAUUACUGGUAGUGAGAAGUCAAAGCUAUUUCGACUUUAUUAAAUAUUGUUAGUAUGGCUUUUUCACGUGGUUUAAUACCUGCAUUAUUUGGCCGAGAUUGGUGGGAAACAGGAGAUUUUCCAAGUCGUAUCGCAGAUCAGCAUUUCGGGCUUGGGCUUCAUGACAGUGAUAUUUUUACGCCAACCAUGUAUCAUGGCUACUACAGGCGGCCCCGGCGACAAGUAAGCCGUCAGUCAAGAGGCGGUCAUUCGCAGGUGAAAAACGAAGCUGAUAAAUUCCAGGUUUUACUUGAUGUUAGUCAUUUUGCUCCUAACGAAAUAAAUGUGAAAACUAUAGAGAAUUUCGUUGUCAUUGAAGGUAAACACGAAGAAAAACCAGAUGAGCACGGCCUUAUAUCCCGACAAUUCGUACGACGAUACAUGUUGCCCAAAGAAGUUGACCCAGAAACUGUACAAUCUUCCCUGAGUUCGGACGGAAUCUUGACGGUUGAGGCACCUAAGAAAGCCUUGGAGGGUGAACAGCCAAAUGAACGAGUGGUACAGAUACAAAUGAGCGACAAACCGGCAUUGAAAGAAGGACAGCAAGAACAGUAAAAAUGUACACUAAAUAUAAUGUUAGUGUUGAGCUACUGUUACUUUUAAUUUUAUACUGAAUUGGAAUCUAGCCAAAUGAUUCAUAUGUGUCAACUAAAAAUGUGUAACAAGUAUUUUUAUGAGGUUUGAUUUUUGGCGCUACUACUACUAGACGGAAUAAUUAAGUUUAAAUAAUAACCAUUUGUCAUCGUUUUGUUUGAAUGUAAUAGUUUGUCAUUUUCUUCAAGUUGUAAUAAUCAGUCCUUAGUAGUAAUAAAAAUAAAUAAUGAGAAGUUCGACUAUU